CAUCCUUUUUAUCUAUUUUUUUCCCGUCUUUUUUUUUUCUCAAUCCCAUUCAUCUCCACUGCACAGUAUCUAUACACUUUUAGUUUUGGCCAAUCCUUCAUCACACACAGCAAACAGGCUUGUUGAUGUGCCGUCGCGCCGAUACUUUUCGCCGCUGUCCCUGCGUUCUGAUUUCCGAUCGGGCCUCGAAGCCAACCCCUGCGGGCACGGCCUGAGGCGUCGCCAGCCGCUGCGACGCAAGGUCGCAAGCUCAUAAACCUGCGUCUUUGUGGCCAGGAGCAGAAGCCGACUGGAGAAGCGAGCUGCUGCACUUCUGCUGCACGCACUUCUGCAACCUGCAACCUGCAGUCUGCGGCCUGCAGUCUGCAGUCGGGGUUGGGUCUGUUUUGGAGCUGCUUUGCUGCUUUGCUGCGUGGCUGCCAGUGCCAACUCAGCUGAGCGAGAGUGACUGACUGACUGACUGACUGACUGACUGGGAGAUUGAGACCUUAUCGCCGCCCCUGGGAAGCCACGACCCAGGGUCCAUCCUGUCCUCCCUCCUGUCUGUCCUGUCCUGUCCUGUGCUGUCCUAAUCCCACCACAUCCCAUCGUACCUAUGUAUACCUAAUCUCACACCAUCCAUACACAUAUACACACACAUACCUGUGGUACCUUACCUAGGUACCUUAUUACCUCGCCCAGAGACACCUUAUUCCCUACCUUACCUUACCCUACCUCACCUCACCUUGCUACCCGCCCAGCCUGCCCAGCCUAGCCCACAGUCCCACACCAGCCCAGCCUCUGCCCGGCCGGCCAGCCGGCGUCUGCUUUCCUUUAACUCCACGACCAUACGCCGAACGAAUGAUCUCGGUCCACCCAACAACUCCUGUCCCCGACAGCAACCGUCUUUUGCUGCACUCCAAGGACCCAGCAGACCCCGUCAUGGCGGAGCAUCCUGCACCUGUCGCCGCCCCAUCUGCUGCCGUCGCCGCCGCCGCCGCUGCCGCGAUCCCGCCGCCCGCCAGCGCAGCACCUGGUGGCGUGACCAAGAAGAAGUUCGCCGCGCCCCCGGUCAAAUCGGCCUGUCUGGCUUGCCGGGCUGCCCGCACUCGUUGUGACGGCGGUAGGCCGUGUGCAACUUGCCAGAGCAGAAGUCGAGACUGUGUGUACACUCCCAGCCGGCGUGGCGGCCCUCGUUGCCGCAAGAAGCCCCGGCCCGGCCGCAGCGAUGAGCCCAAGCAGCUCCCCGACGAUGUCUUCGCCCUGCUCUCGCAGGAGCCUGCCGACAUGCCCCGUGACCCCAUAUCCAUACAAAAUUACAUCGACCCCGGCGCAGGCCUCAAGCACCUCGAGGACUGGGUCCAGGACAGCGACCUCAUCUUCGACAGCCUGUUCAUGAACAGCACCGGUCCCGUGUUAGGGAACGGCUUCAGCUCGGAUGUCUCGGGCACAGGCACGCCGUCGCACGCCGUGCCCAUGGUCAGAUCGUACCAGAGCGAUGCUGCCAUACUUGAUGCGUAUUAUGUCUUCAUACACCCUUUUCUCCCUAUUCUCCCCCCGCCGGAUCAUAUCCCCGUGGAUCGGCCCAUCCCACGCCUGCAGAACCAGAUCGACGUCUUCGAGGAGGGCUUCGAGCCCACCUCUCCCAUCAGCCUCGCCAUCUCGGCCAUUCUGGCCCUGAUACCCUGCCCCGAGGACGUCAACCACGCCUCGCGCGACUCUCAGCUCUUCCGCCGCAAGUAUGCGCAGUACUUCGCUCAGACUGCCUUCGAGACCAUGGAGAACGACGAGGAGAUCCCCGACAGCGCAAUCGACCCAUCCCGCCCGCUAAGCGAGGAGCACAACCACAACUUCCGCCAGCCCUUCCACCCGCGCGUUCCCGUCGAGCUCGAGGGAAUCGUCGCCCUGGACAUUCUGAGCGUGUAUGAAUAUGCGCAGCGGGGCAACAUCAAGAAGAUGCAGAACCGGGCCGGGCAGGCGCUCAUGGCCGCUAUGGAUAUCUCGCUUCACUCGUGCACCACCGAGGAUGAGUUUUCGGAGGCGAGGAGGAGGAUCUGGUGGAUGACAUACGUGUGUGUUGCGCAAGGCGCCAUUGUAAGCAAUGCGAAGCCGAGUUUCGCGUCCUUCUCGCCGAGCUACACGGCCAAGUUCCCAACCUUUGCCGCGGACCCAGAGGCAUUCGCCGCCUAUAUCCAGGCACAACGGGCCAUUCUGGCAGCGACGCAGUUUGUCAUUGAGCUUAACAAGGCGGUGCGUGACAAGGCCGACAUGAACCCGAUCUACGAGCGGAUGAAGGAGCUCGAGGCCCUGAUAGAGCCAUUGCUGUCACACAGCGAGACGUGGCUGUUGACCUCGACGACAACGUCACCCGUGGACCCAGGAGAGGCGGUGGUGGCGCGGUCGUUGCGAUGCAUGGCCAGCAUCAAGCUCAAUAGUGCGCGCAUCAAGCUGCACCGCUACUGCGCAUUCUUCGACAUCCCCGUCUUCUCGCGGAAGCAUUGCGAUCUCAAGUCGCUGGGUGACGCCGAAACCCCGGGCGACGAGCCGCGACGGUGGCCCACCUGCAGCUGCAACUCAUUUGCGAACCCAUUCAGCAUCUCGGCGACGCCAACAAGCAGCACGGGGGCCAACGGCGGGGGGUCCUCGAUCAGGUCGCCAUCCUCGGACGGCGCGGGGCCCAUGCCGACGAGCUUCCCAGUGGCGACAGCGCCGUUUGGCCAGGCCCAAGCGGGAAUGAUGGCGGCCCCGCAGCAGCAGCAGCCGAUCACCAACUUCCCGUUCAGCAGCCACCAGAGCGCCAAGAUCUGCCUCAAGUCGGCGCUGAACAUCGCACACAGCUUCGACGAGCUGCCGUUCCCGAACCCGGCCGGUGUGGCGCCCCAGUCACAACAUUCGCUCACACAGCAGGCCCACGCGGGCGUGGGCGCCGUCGGAGGGCUAGGGGCGGGAGGGGGAGGGCCACCGGCGCCGUGCUUCCUGUCGCCCACGAGCGCGACCGUCUGCCCGCGGACAAUGCCGUCGUUUGCGUGCUGUGCGAUGCAGUGCGCGUACGCGCUGCUCAUGGUACACCAAAAGACCAAGAGCAUGUACCCGUACAGUGCCGAGGUGGCGAGUAUCGCGGGCGGGGCCGGCAACGGUGCCGUGCCCAACAGCAACAACGGGCACAGCGGCGGCAUGCUCGACAGCAAUGGCAAUGGCAAUGGCGCGGGGGCGCCCCGGCCGGUUGUGGUGAACAGCCUGUUGGUCAGGCUCCAGCAGGGCCUGACCAGCAUCUAUGCCACUCUGUCUAAUUACUCUACUGCCUUUGAGGCUCUGGGCGGGAUGAGAGACCAAAUCCGAAGUGCAAUCGAGGACUCGCAAGCUUUUACGGUUGGCCUGUAAGAUAGCAGAAUACAAAAAGCAAAAAAGAGAUACCCUCGGCAUGGGUGCUGGCGUGGGCUGGAUGGUGCUGGGCUUUUUCAAAUUGUUAUUUUGGUUGGAUAUGGACCGGGAACGGUCUUGGCAGCGGACUGGGCGAUCGAUGGCGUCUGGCACACAGCAAGACUCAGCGCACGGUAUCGACCGGACCGGCGGAGUCGUGUCUUUGGGGCCAAGACGAGGUGUUGGAGCUUCCCCUGACGGCUUGUCCGUACUGGGUGGUCUGCCGAUGGCCGUGGUUCUAGGUUGACGGCGCAUAUAUGGAUUCUCUUCUCCCCACAUGGAAUGGCAUAUGUUGGCUCACAGAAUAUACCCAUAGCAAACUAAGUUGUUGGACUGGUGCUGUUCAUGAAGCGACAGACACUGGUCGUGAAUGCA